UCCACACCCUUCUCUCUCUCUCUCUCUCUCUCUUUCUUUCUCUCUUUCUCUCUGUCUCUCUGUGCCACCAUGAUCUCCAUUGAAACCCAAAACCCGGAUGUUUCCAACCUUGACACUAAUCACUCUAUCCCCAAAAUGGCCAAUCGAAUUGACGACCAUGUUUUCAGAUCAAAACUCCCUGAAAUUCCCAUCUCCAACCACCUCCCUCUCCACACCUACUGCUUUGAAAACUACUCCCAAUUCGCCGAUCGUCCAUGCUUGAUCGUCGGAUCCACCAACAAAACCUACUCCUUUGCAGAAACCCACCUCAUUUCUCGCAAAGUCGGAGCUGGGUUCGCCCACCUCGGCCUCAAACAGGGAGACGUCGUCAUGAUCCUCCUCCAGAACUGCGCCGAAUUCGCGUUCUCCUUUCUCGGAGCUUCCAUGGUCGGAGCCGUCACCACCACCGCCAACCCCUUCUACACUUCGGCCGAAAUUUUCAAGCAGUUGAAUGCUUCCCAGGCGAAAAUCGUCGUCACGCAGGCGCAGUACGUCGACAAGCUCCGGGACUACCCCGACGGACAGGUGGCAAAGAUCGGAGAAGGUUUCACCGUCAUUACCAUCGAUGAUCCGCCGGAGAACUGCAUGCAUUUCUCGGUGGUGUCGGAGGCUAACGAGAGUGAACUUCCGGAGGUUUCGAUCAACUCCGACGACCCAGUGGCGCUGCCGUUCUCCUCCGGCACAACCGGGCUGCCGAAGGGGGUGGUCCUGACUCACAAGAGCUUGAUCACAAGCGUGGCUCAGCAGGUGGACGGCGAGAACCCUAACCUCCACCUGACGCCGGACGACGUCGUUUUGUGUGUCCUGCCGCUGUUCCACAUAUACUCUCUGAACAGCGUGCUUCUCUGCUCGCUGAGGGCCGGCUCGGCGGUGCUGCUAAUGCAGAAGUUCGAGAUUGGAACUCUGCUGGAGCUGAUCCGGCGCUACCGGGUGUCGGUGGCGGCGGUGGUGCCCCCGCUGGUGCUGGCGCUGGCGAAGAACCCGAUGGUGGAGAGCUUCGACCUGAGCUCAAUCCGGGUGGUGCUGUCCGGGGCAGCCCCGCUGGGGAAGGAGCUGGAGGCGGCUCUCCGGAGCAGGGUGCCUCAGGCGGUCCUUGGCCAGGGUUAUGGAAUGACAGAGGCCGGACCGGUGUUAUCGAUGUGCCUAGCCUUCGCCAAGCAGCCCUUUCCUACCAAGUCCGGCUCGUGCGGCACCGUUGUCCGCAAUGCUGAGCUCAAGGUCGUCGACCCUGAGACCGGUUGCUCCCUCGGCCGCAACCAACCGGGCGAGAUCUGCAUUCGAGGACAACAGAUUAUGAAAGGAUACUUGAACGAUCCCGAGGCCACGGCCUCUACCAUCGAUGUUGACGGUUGGCUACACACCGGCGACAUUGGCUAUGUUGACGAUGAUGAAGAGGUGUUUAUCGUAGAUAGAGUGAAAGAACUCAUCAAAUUCAAAGGCUUCCAGGUACCGCCUGCUGAGCUUGAGGCCCUUCUGGUGAGCCACCCAUCAAUUGCUGAUGCAGCUGUUGUCCCGCAAAAAGAUGAUGUUGCGGGUGAAGUUCCUGUUGCAUUUGUGGUUAGAUCAAACGGGUUUGAACUCACUGAAGAGGCUGUGAAAGAGUUCAUAUCGAAACAGGUUGUGUUCUACAAAAGACUGCACAAGGUGUACUUUGUUCAUGCCAUUCCAAAGUCACCAUCAGGGAAAAUUUUAAGAAAAGAUCUCAGAGCUAAACUAGCAGAAAAGACCCCAGAGCCAAACUAGCCACUGCCACUGCCGCGCUUGUGCUAUAGUAUUCUUUGCAUCAAAGAGAGCUUUUCAGGAUGGUUUUAUGGCAUCAAUCAAAAACAGAGGAGGGGCAAAACAAAGAAAGGCAGUGCGAGAAAGUCAUGACUUGGUAUAAAAAUGUGAUUCAUGUUUCCUCAUUUCUACCUUCAAUUUGUUGUGUAGUUGCAAUAACAUUUGUUUCUUAUAAUAAAGAGAGAGAGUAGUUGUUCCCAACGUGCAA